CACUUUGUCAUGUUAUUCGUAACGUUGGGAGCGCUUUUAGAUCAGGUUGCUCUCAAUUAAACCGAAAACAACACGUGCGGUUCGACUGUCUGUUGCAAUUGUAUUUUAAAGGAUAAAAAAGGAUAUUUAUUUGUAGGAAUAAACAAAACUAUGAGUGUGGAAAAUAUUUACACUUCGAUUGCCUGUAAUCGAACCACGGAAAGUGCCGAUUGGGGCAAUAAUGACCUUAUUGUUUUCGGUGCUUGCAAUGCCGUGGCCAUUUACGAUCCAAUGGUUAAUGGCGUCGCUGCCAAGAUUACCCAUACCUUCGUUAAGCACACCAAACGGGUAAACACUGUUCGCUGGCUAAAAGGUUUUAGUGCAGAAAAGGAGACACUUUUCCUUUCGGGCUCCGAUGAUAAAUUGGCAAUUUUAUGGGAUUUCAUCAAUCCCGAUGAUGUUCAAAGUUUCGAUCUCAAGGGCCACGAAAGUGGUGUAAAUGCUGUUGAUGGUGUCCAACGUGAAAAUGGAGAAUGGAUUUUGGCAACAGCUGCCGCGGAUUCCACAAUCAAAAUAUGGUCAUAUCGCCUAGGUUCCGACUCAUUACCCGAAUGUAAACAAACCAUUGUAUUGAAUACAGGAUUUUGUUUUACGUUGCGCCUCACUUUGUUACCCAAGUCCGAACAAAUUUUAUUGGCUUUCUCUGCCGACGAUGAGUCAGUUGCCUUGUGGUCUGAAGCGCAAGACGAGAGCCUGACUUUCCAACCAAUACACAAAUUGUUGGGCCAUGAGGACUGGGUGCGAGGCUUAGAUUUUAUGUUCGAAGGUGACGAUUUGCUUUUGGCCAGUUCAUCACAAGAUAAUUUCAUACGUCUGUGGCGUAUUGCACCCCGAAAUGCUGAACAGGUGACCAAUAAUAAAGUGGAUAUCUUCAAUUUAUUGGAUGAAUCCACUGGAGAGAUACGAGUAGAGGAAAAAAUUGUACAAGCUUCAUCAAAUUCUUGGUAUGCCAUAAGUUUGGAAUCUGUGCUGUUUGGCCAUGACAACUGGGUAUAUGGUGUUCAUUGGCACAAAUCAGCAGACAAUACCCUGAGUUUGCUCUCCGCCUCUAUUGAUAAGACACUUAUACUCUGGCAACCCUCCGAAGAAAGUGGCAUUUGGAUGGAGAAAGUUCGUUUGGGAGAAGUUGGUGGUAAUUCUCUGGGAUUUUUCGGUGGAAAAUUCCGUAGCGAUGGAAAAGCCAUAUUGGGUCAUAGCUACCAGGGUGGUUUCCAUGUAUGGCAACAGAGUGAAGAUAAUGAGAAUAUAUGGGUGCCCCAGGUUAUUGUUGGUGGACAUUUUGGUGAAGUACGAGAUCUUGCCUGGGAACCGCAAGGAGAAUAUUUAAUGUCCGUAUCAGCAGAUCAGACAACACGUAUUCAUGCACCGUGGCGUUCAUCAUUAGGUGAUGUGGAAACCUGGCAUGAAUUAGCCCGUCCUCAAGUACAUGGUUAUGAUAUGCAGGCUCUGGCCUUGUUGACCCGCUACAAAUUUGCCAGUGGUGCAGAAGAAAAAAUCGUAAGAACUUUCCAGGCCUCGGCUAAUUUUAUAGAGAACUUUAGACGCAUCACCAAAGUGGAGAAUGAUGCGGAUGGAGAUGCUUUGUUAGAAUCUUUGCCAAAAGGUGCCUCAGUUCCAUCACUGGGUCUAUCCAACAAAGCGGUUUACAACACAGAAACUCCAGCAGAAACCGAACGUCAUGUCAAAGAUGAAUAUCCGGAGAACUAUUUUACACCUGUUACUUUGGAUUCACCGCCCCAGGAAGAGACUUUAAUGCAAAACACCCUUUGGCCUGAAGUUCAAAAACUCUAUGGCCAUGGUUAUGAAAUUUAUGCCUUGGCCUCAUCACCAGACGCUUCACUAUUGGCCUCCUCUUGUAAAUCCACAAAUGCCGAGCAUGCACAAAUUAUUCUUUGGAAUACAACAAAUUGGAAGCAGAUACAAAAACUUCCAUCCCAUCAGCUGACAGUUACACAAAUGCGUUUUUCACCCAAUGGCCAGUAUUUGUUGUCGGUUUCCCGUGAUCGCAGAUGGUCUCUAUUUGAACGUUCCGUGUCGUCAGAGGAGAAAGUCGCUCAAUAUAAAUUAACUGCUACUACAGACAAAACAAAUGGUAUCCAUACAAGAAUUAUAUGGUCAUGCGAUUGGUCACAUGACAACAAGUAUUUUGUAACAUCCUCACGUGAGGGUAAGGUGGUAGUUUGGUGUAAUGAGGGUGAGAGCAAUAACUCAUCGCUAAAUGGCUGGAAGAGUUUGGAUGUUUUGGAGCUGAAACAUGAAUCAAUUACUGCUGUCACAUUUGCUCAGACCCUGCAUACAAAUGGUUCCUAUAUUGUGGCCUUGGGUUGUGAAAGUGGUUUCGUAUACAUCUAUUCAUUCGAUGGCAAAUGGAAUUUGUUGCUAACAAUGAAUACAUCACAAUCUCAUCAUUUAACCGUAAAGCGUUUACAGUUUAGGCCGGCUUGCACAGCUACAAAUCAAUUCCAAUUGGCCAGUUGUGGUGAAGAUUGUUUAGUUAGGGUAUAUCGUUUAAAUUUGUAGGCACUGGACAUAUUAUUGUGCUUAAGCAUUUGUAUUUAUUAGAAUUAUUUUGUAAAAGCUUUACAUCUAGAAAUUGUGAAUAAAGUGUAAAGGAUUCCUUUUUUUAUUGUUUGACAAUAUAACUAUAUUGAAAGCAAA